GCCAUCAUGUUUGAAACCUGAUGAAACUCAUGGCAGAGUGAACCGCUCAGCAUCACUCGACCAGCUUUACGCUUUCAUCUCAGCAUGAUGACGACCCCCUUCCCACCACCACCACCACCCAGUAAAGUGAUAUCACACGGUGUACAGCUGACUCUGCCGCUCCCCCCUGCUGCUCUACCCACCCCGCCCACCGGGACCGGCGGCAGCGGGUGCCAAACCGCCCCCCGGGACCCGCGCUGCGGACGCAGCCAUGCCGAGCGAUGACACUCAGCAGCCGGACUGCCGCCUCGUCUCAUCCGUCUCUAGCGCUUCACAGAGGAGGAAGAUGCCGUGAGCUUUCCCACAGGCCCUCAACGGCACCUGGUUGUGAGUGAACCGGGGGGAAAGAGGUGAUAACCGACGGUGGAUAAUGACGCGAUGGUUCCGGUUGUAGAGCGAGCAAAGAGGGGCACCUGGCGUCUUUAAUGACCGGCUCUGGAGAGGAAAUCACCGGACUUUAUUGUGUGUGGAGCCGCGUACCAUACUGGACCGACCGCAGUUAUAAAAAAGAAACGGUCUCUCAAACAGGUUGCUCAGAUUUCCUUCCAUCUGAAAGGGGGCUUUGCAGCACUGUUGAGUAUGCUAUCCCCCAGAUGGUGACUUCUACAGAAACAGAUAUUUUCUAAUGGACGAGGUCUUUUUGUUUGUGCUGAUAAUUCUACAAACGAGGGCUACUUCAUUUCCAUCUCAACCUUGGAAAACCUCCAGCUGCAAGUCACCUCACAUUAGCUGUGCACAAAAUGAAGUCCCGUCCACAUCAGGAGCCAAAGAGGGGAUGUUGCUGAGUUCCAGUGAGAGGAAGUUUAGAGAGCGAUACUCCACAGGCCUGUCAUGGUUUCCUACCUUCUCACACUCCUCCAUCUCUGCAUCUCCCGCUGUCUUCUAAUGGUUUGAUGGAGAGCUGGUCGAAUGUCAGCGGGAACUAUUGUUAUAUCCGGAGGAAUUCUCGCCGGAGUGAUACUGCUGUGCAUUGUAGCAGUGCUCUGUUACUGUAGACUCCAGUAUUACUGCUGUAAGAAGAAUGAUUCUGAGGUGGACAUGGGCUCCGUGGUGGGAGCGGACCCUCUCUCUCACUUUCCCUGCAACGCCUGCAACGCUCUCGCCAUGGACGGCGCGACUAUCACCCCUGUCUCUCUGGAUCAGCUGGACACAGGCUCUCACCACAACCACUGCCCCACCUGUUCGCCGUACCCCCUCCGUUCUGGACUCACAGACGACAUGCGUAACGGAGGGGAGCGGCUCGGCUUCCAUACCUACUACGAGAACCCGUCCGUCUCUCUCCCCUUGUCCGCCAACCCGCAGGGCUCCUCCCCUCUGAGUUACUACAGUCCCACGGACAUGUUUCCUCCCCCGCCUCGCCCCUACAGCACCCAGGUCUGACCUCUGCUGCACCAUGACGACACACUCAAACACGUAAAAGACGUUACUCUCACACACCUGACACUUACACAUCGAGCACAUGCCCUUUUGUUUGGGACUGAAUUCAGGUGAUGGAUUACGAUACAGCACAAUUACACCCACAUACCCAUGUUACUGCACAUGCUCACUUCAGCCACAGAUUCAUCCAAGGGGUUGACCCAUAAACUGAACAGAGCCUCAGUGUGGGCAACAAAUCCACUGAGCAGCCCUUGUGGAGCUGCAGACGGCAGCGUAACGUGUGUGUGUGUGUGUGUGUUAGAUCAGCAGGGAUGUGGUACAACACUCUAGUACAGCCUCAAUUUGUUCCGUACAGCGCCAAAUCACACGUGCCACUAGAAUGUGUCUUUGGUAAAUUGGAUGAUUACAGGUGUGAGCACAUCUGCACUGGUGCAGUCAUUCAAGACACAUAUGAAGGUAGUCAGGGACACGUUUGGCCACGCAUGUACUGUAUAGUGUGAACGCAAAAGGGCCCCCCACCCACCCUCCCCCACGCACACAGAAAAACAGCCAAGUCAUUUUUCUUGUGUAGGUGCUAGAGAUGCAAAUUUGAAGCAGUUCCCAUCAGCCAUGUUAACGAUCAAUUACAGUUUGAUUAACUGAUGUUUGCUGUUUUUGCUCCAAACCCAAAGGAAUUUUACAGUUUGAGUCAUGAAUGAAAUAAAACAAUAUAACUUAGAUUCCACUUAAAUUUUCUGGUUAUGCUUUCUUUUUCCUUUUUCCCUAUUAUCUGUAUCAUUUUCAAAUAAUUUAUGUGAGGACAUUUUCUGGAUAUAACAAUGUAUUUUAGUAGAAACUAUAAGAAAAAUAGGAAUUUCCUAGAAAGAAAAAAAAUGAAGGUACAAAAACCAAGUAAAUAUUUAUUGCGUGUCCAUUUAUUAUUGGUAACAUUCUUCACUUACAGUGUGUUGAGUUGUAUGCUUGCCUCUUCACAUUUUCUGCCUGUUCAGCUGAUCUGCUAGCACUGACUAACUAAAUAACUUCUGCUAGCAAUUCAUGAGUGUGUUUACUUGAACAUAGUCUCUUUUCCCUGUAAAUGACACAGAUUUACAUCAACCUAUUAGGAAACUUAGUGGGAAAGUAUCAGGAAAUCACGUGGCCAUAAAAGAAAGCAAAUGUUUGUGCCUUUGCUCUAGUUGCUGUUAUUCUCAAAUGACACUAACAAAAUAAAUAUAAAAAAAUAAAUUAAGACACAGUAAUUCUACACAAUUUACAGGAUCAGUUAGAUUUGAUUAAAACAUAUCUGAAUGAGUUGAUUUUUGUUUGUCAAACACCUUGGAUAAAAUGUCCACAAAGUCCAUUUACCUAUAGCAGGUUCUGAAUAGCCACGGAAAUCCCCUUUCCUUCAUUUUUUUUCGGUUUAGCACCAAAAAAAGUUUUUUUUACACACAAACUCAAAUCGCAAGUCAAAGUCAAAUUUUAGUUAUUUAUCAUAAAUUUGCAUCCGGUGGUGUUAUGUGUGAGGUGAAAUCUGAUCACAAGGAGACAUCGCUGAAACACACUGUGAUGACAGGUAUUAGCUUGUAGCUUGAUUUAGCUUUUUUUGUGAACAUACAGUAUCUGGUUUCAAAAAUCCAGAGACUAAAACCCGGAUCACUAUCACUUCUUUAGUUUCUGUUGCGACCUCCUGCAUCCCCCCCCCGCCUGCUAAUGUUAACUGAAAGGCUCAAAAGCAAGCUCCCUCCCCCCACCCUGCUUACUGUACAUGAGGGCUAACAGUUUUUCUAUUAGGUGUGCUUGUUUGCCGACUAUAGAAACUACUAAUGGAGCUUGAGAUUGUCUUUAUCCAGAGGAAAGACAUGAAGAGCCGAGGAGAAGUGUCCAGUUUUUAAGCAUUUUAUGCAUUUUGCAGUUAUUUGAAGGAGUCUCGUUUCAAUCUGCUACAAAAAAAAAAAAAAGAAGUCCACUAGAAAAGUUUGUUUGUUUCUGUUUUCACUUCUGAUUAACUGCAGUGGCGCUAGGCUACUCAGAGGAAGUUGGUUCUGCAGUGUCUUCCAUAUGAGCUGCUGUGUUAAACUUGUCAUGUUUACAGAUUGAAAUGGAUGAAAAGAAAGAAAGUGUUUAGACAGUAACAAGAUAGAUCAUGUACCAUAUUCUGUUGAUCCUGAAAGCUUCAGUUUUUGUAUCUAUAAGCCAUUAUAUCUGCUAUACAGUACAGUAACAAGAUGCAGUGUUAUUCCACAGUAUAUGCCUGAAUCUAUAUAUUUUUAAAGGAUAUUGUAGUUUUUGUGAAGGAUGUCAGGGUUUAGGUGUGUUUUAGUGAGUUUGUACCAAAUGUGAGUUUUUUCCAUACUCUUCGAUUAUUAUUCCAUCUUGAUUUUAAUUUGUGUUCCUGUGUGUUUCUGCCUGUUUUGAUACAACAGAGGAACACAAUGGGAAGAGAAUGGGAAUUUACAUUUGGAACUGGGAAUUUGCUUUAUCCAGCUAUCCAACAUUGAAAAGAAAUGAAAAAAUAUAAUGAUAUUUAGAAUAACAGAUUAAAGAUUAUCAGUUAAAAGACAUAUUAAAGAUAUUUAUUCAGUAUAUUCUCACAUCACAAAAUUUCCACUGAGCUGUGAGCUUCAUUAUCACAUCUGACGUUCCUCCUCCUCACAUCCUCAAGUCACAUUAAGUAUGUGCUACAUUAUAUAUGUAAAAUGACUUUUUGUUAUUUAAGAUGUCCACUCAGCAUUGGUGUUCACCGCCACUCAGCCGAUACACUCACUCACACACACAUAUGACCCCCAUAGUGUGGUGAAAGAGGUUUAGUUUUAGUGCCCACUGGUUCUGUGUUUGUGGCACCACAAAGAGCACCAUAGCUGUAUCACGACUGACCUGUGCACCUUUUUAUUUUUAGGUUCGCCUUUUUUUUUUCUUGUUCUGAUUGUUAAAAAAUUGUAUUUUUCAGAUUUUUCUGUAUGAAACUAGAAUAAGUUUUGGUAUUCCCUGAUACAGUAAGAAAAAUCCACCAUGUUUCACAAAUUGUCCACAAUUUUUUUUUUUUUUUUAGGAAGAAUAAAUGUUUAUACA